AUGGCAUUUGAUCAAAAUUCCGCUCCCACAGAUCUGCGAGUAUUGAAUGUGGCUCCGAUAAUGGUGAAGGAGCCUCUCAUUUCUUCGGCAAGCGGCAGCACGCCUCCCACCCCUGAUUCGAUUUCCGAUUAUUUCUACCCGACGUCCGCCUCAUCCGCUGGUGCCGCGUCAGCAACUUGGUGUCUUCGCCCCAUUGUGAGUCCUCCUUCUAUUGGGUUAAACUAUGGGAGCCGCGUUGUUGCUGGGAAUGCUUUGAAUUUGGGAAAUUGGGUAGGAGCUAAUAAUAGUAACAAUAAUAAUAAUAAUACUGGUUGGCAUAAUGUUUGUAAUGAUGGUGUACCUGUGAAUGUAAGUGGUUUUUCUUAUGGUGCUCACGGUGGAACUAGAGUGGUUGAUGAUACCGGGGAUGAUUUGAAUUCCGGGAGGAAAGUUAAGUUUCUGUGUAGUUUUGGUGGGAAGAUAUUGCCUAGGCCUAGUGACGGAGUGUUGAGAUAUGUUGGAGGACAGACAAGGAUAAUUAGUGUUAAGAAAGAUGUGAGUUAUAAUGAUUUGGUGCUGAAGAUGGUGGAUACUUAUGGACAACCUGUGGUUAUUAAGUAUCAGUUACCUGAGGAGGAUCUUGAUGCGUUAGUUUCAGUUGCUUGUCCUGAUGAUGUUGAGAAUAUGAUGGAGGAGUAUGGAAAGUUGGUUGAGAGAUCUUCUGAUGGUUCUGCUAAAUUGAGGGUAUUUUUGUUCCCUCUCUUGGAGGUUGAUCUUUCUGGUGCAGCACAGUCGGGGGAUUUGCAGGAUACGGGACAGAAAUAUUUUGAUGCUGUGAAUGGUUUUAUAGAUGGGUAUGGGGUUUGUUGUGGGUUCCAGAGGAAGGAGAGUGUUACAAGUGCAGCUUCAACACAAAAUUCUGAUUUGAGUGGGAUAGAGACUAUUGAUAGCUCAGUUGCCGGUCAAGGAGAUUCGGCGUCCUGCGUGUUAUCGCCUAGAGAGUAUGUGGCUGCUUCUCCAGAUACUAGUGUGAAUUUGGCGGCUUCUGAGUCCAGCACACCAGUUUACUCGGGUGCUUCUUCUGGUGUUUCAUUUAAGACUGGUCCAACAAACACUUCAUAUACACAGAAUGAGGUUGAGUCAGAAAAGUCAGCGUCGGUUACUUACCCUCAACAACCAUUUGAACUGCACCAAUCUGGAAUGGAAAUUCCACCACCUUCGCCUUAUUGGAACCAUGCAGAGUAUGUCCACUUGCCUCCUCAGACGGGGUUCCCAAAUCCUCAACUAUUAGGAAAGACUGGUCCUGUUUUUGCCCAACAACAAUUUCAUAAUAAUAAUAUGCCUGGUUUAGCUUUCCGUCAGGUCAUUCCCGGAGCACAAAUGACAAUGACUCAGCCUUCUUCUCGCGUUGGUAUAAGACCGAAUGUCAUCCAACCACAACCAUUGAUACAACCGCAACAUAAUCAUUUGAACCAAUACAAUGAUGAAAAUACAUCAGGAAUAAGAAUUGUCCAGCUUCCUGCAGAACACAGCUACAAUACAUAUCAGGUUCCGGUUAAUCAAGUUCCAUCUGUCAUAGUUGGGGGUAAUCGCGGAUGGGUUCAGGUGCCUCCACAAGAGCAUGUUGUUUUCUCUGAUGGGUCAUUACCUCAACAAGUAAUAAUGCCAGAGAAAAUCCAAAGAGUUGAGGAAUGUUCUAUGUGUCAGAAAAAGUUGCCUCAUGCUCAUUCAGAUCCAGUGGUUCCGGAUCAGCACGAUGGCGGUUCAGGCCCAGUUCCUGAUUCAAGCCCAAGUUAUAAGAGUUUUCCAAUGGAGGACAAUGUAAAAGCUCAAGCAACAAAGAGGGUUGAGCCUAUGGUGGCAUCACCCUUGAAGGAAGGUGUUGUUGAACAAGGGUUUAGCACAAGACCAAGUGUCAUUAGCAAAUUGGAAGUUCAUAAUGGAGUAAGAAAUUGUACUGAUAAUACUGGGAUUUCUUAUAAUUUUGAGCCUCAGCAUGAAGGUGGGAGGACUUUUAUUCAAAUACCAGAAGAAUUUGACCAUUCCAUGAACUCAUUUAUCCAGGAAACAAUUGGUAGGACAGAUGGAAAACAUUCUUCUAGGGAUGGGCUUGGAACCAUGGGAACCACACCACCUUCUUAUCCAGAUGAUGUUGUCCGCCAGCAUAUGGCACCGGUUGAAACCUGGGUUAAACAAGACGAACACGUGAAUAGGCAUGUUAAUAAUAAUAUACCUAUAGUUGAUGGAAUGACUUUACAUACUCCGGAGUGUGUUGCCCAAGGAACUUCCAAAGAAUACACAAAUGAGCUUACUGGUGUCGUUUCUAAAUCAGAUACAGUAAAUAAUUGGAUUAGGCAGGGCUAUGUAAGACCUGUUGAUGGAAGGAAUGACAUUCUCAAGAUACACAAUGCUGAUGUUAGUAAUGAUCAAUGCUUGCUUCCAGUUGAUAAAUCUUUAGAUUACAAAAGUCAGAUUGCUACAGAGGAAGAGGUGAUUCUGGACAACAACUUUGUCACACCGAAAUUGAUAGUUGAUGCGGAUAAAAUUAAGAUGAUAGGUGUGCAGCCAUCUUCUUCCAAGGAGAUUUUAUACAGGCAAAAUUCCAGGACAGGGGACGACAAUGAUGUUGCACAACCACUUGUGUUGAGCGCUACUCAAUCAAAUAUUGUAAACCAUCACAAGAAUGAUUCAACAUCAUCUACAUCAUCACCAUCUUUCAUGUUUUGUGAUAUGCAGGAUUCUCCAAACUCAGUUUUUGGCAAUCACGAUCCUUGGAGUAUACCACACGGAUACAAGAAAUCGAAUUUGGAUGCACAAUUGGAUGGUGACCUCUACGAGUCAUUCAAACAAAAUUUAACUUUUGAAAAUGGUUGCUGUGACAAAGUUUCAACCGAAGACCAACAACUUAAAGUUGUUGCCGAAGAUGUAGCAGCUUCUGUUCUGCACCCAUGUGCUCCUUCAAAUCCUAACUUGCAAGCCGGAGAUGUUUCCUGUCACAAAAAUAUUGAGGACGGUGAUGUUCAAAAUAAUGCAAUAGAUGCAAUGUGUAGAGAUAUAACUCAGGAUGUCAAGAGCAACUCUCCAGAAAAGGGAAAUUUUGGCUUUCCAACAUCAGGUGUUGGACGUUUGCAGAUUAUAAAGAACUGUGACCUUGAAGAGCUGACAGAGUUGGGUUCUGGUACCUUUGGGACUGUUUAUCAUGGAAAAUGGAGGGGAACCGAUGUUGCAAUCAAGAGAAUAACUGAUAGAUGUUUUGCUGGAAAGCCUUCAGAGCAAGAGCGCAUGAGAGAUGACUUCUGGAAUGAGGCAAUCAAGCUUGCUGACUUGCACCAUCCAAAUGUAGUUGCUUUCUAUGGUGUGGUGCUUGAUGGACCAGGAGAUUCGGUGGCAACAGUAACUGAGUAUAUGGCUAAUGGUUCUCUCAGAACUGCAUUGCAAAAGAACGAGAGGAAUCUAGACAAGCGCAGACGUCUUUUGAUUGCAAUGGACGUGGCCUUUGGAAUGGAAUAUCUGCAUGGAAGAAACAUAGUACACUUUGACUUGAAAAGUGACAACUUGCUAGUGAAUCUCCGAGAUCCACACCGCCCAAUAUGCAAGGUUGGUGACUUGGGUCUAUCCAAAGUAAAAUGUCAGACUCUGAUCUCUGGAGGUGUUAGAGGAACUCUACCAUGGAUGGCUCCAGAACUGCUGAAUGGAAGCAGUAGCCUUGUUUCAGAGAAGAUUGAUGUCUUCUCAUUCGGUAUUGCGAUGUGGGAACUCUUAACUGGAGAAGAGCCAUACUCUGAUUUGCACUAUGGUGCUAUUAUAGGUGGUAUUGUAAGCAACACUUUGCGCCCUCCAAUUCCCGAUACUUGUGACGUGGAAUGGAGUGUGUUAAUGGAGAGAUGUUGGUCCUCAGAGCCAUCAGAGAGACCCACCUUCACUGACAUUGCUGAUGAAUUACGUUCUAUGGCAAGCAAACGCCAGAAUCAACAGCUACAACCCUCUCCUUUGUCUACCCAAGUCAACAAAUGA